AUGAGACCCUGGUGGGAUCUGUUCACGUUGUACCGUCAAAAUGGCAUGAUUUUGGCAUUGUUGUUCACUGGAAUCUACGUCUCAACCUUGGCCACCUCUUAUAGCUUUGGUUGCAGUCUCAGCAUCGCCAGCCUCAGCGGGAUUCGCACCAUAGACCCUGAGGGACACAUGUACAGACUGGUGCUCGAUCUCAUGAGACCCUGGUGGGAUCUGUUCACGUUGUACCGUCAAAAUGGCAUGAUUUUGGCAUUGUUGUUCACUGGAAUCUACGUCUCAACCUUGGCCACCUCUUAUAGCUUUGGUUGCAGUCUCAGCAUCGCCAGCCUCAGCGGGAUUCGCACCAUAGACCCUGAGGGACACAUGUACAGACGUAUCUAA